AUGGUCCGUAUCAUCAUCAAGGGUGGUGUAUGGAAGAACACGGAGGAUGAGGUUCUGAAGGCGGCUAUUGCCAAGUAUGGCAAGAACCAGUGGGCCCGCAUUUCCUCAUUGCUUGUGCGCAAGACGCCUAAGCAGUGUAAAGCUCGCUGGUACGAGUGGCUCGACCCGUCCAUCAAGAAGACAGAAUGGUCCAAGGAGGAAGACGAAAAGCUUUUGCAUCUUGCAAAGCUCAUGCCGACGCAGUGGCGCACUAUUGCACCCAUAGUCGGGCGUACGGCCACGCAAUGUCUCGAACGAUACCAAAAGCUGCUUGAUGAGGCUGAACAGAAGGAAAACGAGGAACUUGGUUUGGCUGGACCUGGUGGCGAGGGUAUGGCAAGCGAGGAUGUGCGCAAGUUACGCCCGGGAGAGAUUGACCCGGACCCGGAGACGAAGCCUGCACGGCCAGAUCCCAUUGACAUGGACGAGGAUGAGAAGGAAAUGUUGUCCGAGGCUCGUGCUCGUUUGGCGAAUACGCAGGGAAAGAAGGCGAAGCGCAAGGCCCGCGAACGCCAACUCGAGGAAGCUCGCCGGCUCGCUGUACUCCAGAAGAAGCGUGAGCUCAAAGCGGCGGGUAUCAUCAUGCGUUCCAAGACCAAAACGAAGGGUAUGGAUUACAACGCAGACAUUCCCUUCGAGAAGAAGCCGGCAGCCGGUUUCUACGACACUUCCGAAGAGCAAGCUCGCAUCGCCGCCGCACCUGUCGGCCAAACUCUUCGUCGGCUGGAGAAUAAGCGCAAACCUGACCAGGAGGAAGAAGAGCGCAAGAAACGUCAAAAGCGCGAGGGACCGCAGAACACGAAGUUCGUGCCUGCGCGUGAGGCGCAGAUUGCGAAGCUUAAGGAAGCGGAGAGCAUUGGGCGCCGGAGCAAGUUGAUGCUUCCGCCCGCUCAGGUCGGCGAGAACGAGUUGGAGGAGAUUGUGAAGAUUGGAAAGGCGGGCGAGGCAGCGAAGGGACUAGUCGGGGAUGCGAAUGAUCCUACUGGGCAGCUUCUGAGCGAGUAUGAUUCGCUUGAGCGAGCCAAGAUGGCGAGGACACCGCGGACCGCACCUCAGCAGGAUAAUAUCAUGCUUGAGGCACGAAACCUGCGCAAUAUGACCGCACAGCAGACGCCUCUCCUAGGAGAUGAGAACACGCCAAUGCACACUGCAGUGGAGGGCGGUACAGGUUUCGAAUCGGCCACUCCCCGUCAUCAGGUCGCAUUCACCCCGAAUCCGCUGGCCACCCCUCGUAACGGCAUUCCCAACGGCAGCGUGGCUGGCACACCCCUUCGUACACCCAUGCGUGAUAACCUGGACAUCAACCCGCACGACGGCAACUUCCCAGGCGACACUCCGCGCGAUGUUCGUAUGCGCCAAAGCACCGCCAAACGCACGCUGAAGGCGAGCUUCAUGAGCCUACCGCGUCCGGAGAAUAACUUCGAGUUGCUUGUACCGGAGGAUGAAGAAGCAGAGGAGGACGAAGGUGCACCGCUAAGCGUUGAAGAUGCCGCCGAGAGAGAUGCCCGACUCGCUCGUCUGCGUGCGGAGGCAGAGGCUCGCGAACUCGCACGGCGCUCACAGCCUGUCCAACGUAGUCUGCCACGACCGCCGAAUGUGGACCUUACGGCGCUUCUCAAUGAGCUGCAGCUCAUCCCUGUGGACGAGACAGCGGAUGAGCAGGCACAGCGCUUAAUCGACGCCGAGGUUGCACGGCUCAUGUUACAUGACUCGCUCGCGCAUCCUGUGCCCGGCACGAUGAACCCCGGCAGCACACCCUCGGACUACGCCCCGCCUCCAGACGAUGACGUCGCAGCAGCCAAAGCGGAAGUUGCCCGUGAGCUCGGGACACUUGUGGGCUUCCCCGACGCUCCGGAGUCGCAGAUCCGGGACGGUAUCAUCGCGAUUGCUGGGAACGAGGAGAUCGAUGACAGCAAGAGCUGGGCACACAUACGCCCCACACUUGCGUUCGACGCUGAGGAGCGCAUAUGGAAAGAUCCCGCUAGUCUGUCGGUCGAGGCGAGGAUUGCUGGGUGGAGUGUGCAGCUCGAAGAGGCGCGUGCCGCGAUGACACGUGAGGGUGCGCGCGCUGGCAAGGUCGAGAAGAAGCUCGGUGUCGUACUCGGUGGUUACCUCAACCGGUCCAAAGACCUCAGCGUCAAGCUAGGCACUUCCUACAACGCCUUCGUGGACGAGUCUAUCGACAAAUCCAGCUUCUUGCGCCUCAAGGCUCGCGAAGACGCUGCCGGUCCUGCACGUGUCGCCGCGCUGCGUGAGGACGCUGAGAGGCUUCAGCAGAAGGAGAAGUCGUUGCAGUCGUUGUACGCUGAGCUCGAGCGCGAGAAGAAUGAAGCCGAGCAGAGGGUCGCUAUCCUUGAGGAGCGGCUCAUGAUGGAGGCGGAGGCGCUGAACGAGGCUGCUAUGCAGCAGGAGUCGUCGUAG